AUGAAGCUUUUCUCCAUCGGGGUGCUGCUCUUAGCAGCAUUCCAGAUCACAUUAGGAGCCGCAGCCGACAGCGCAGUCUCUGCUCCAGCUUGCGGUCUUAAGUGCAUUGUCACCGCGGUAGCGGAGCACUCGACUUGCGGUCUCACAGACACGGCGUGCAUCUGCCUUAAUAAAGAACUCAACCUAGCUGCCGCUGCUUGCAUCGCAAAAAGCUGCAGUGUUAGGGACCAGCUUGCCACUCAGAAAUACUCAAAACACACAUGCGGUGUCGAGGGCGAAGACCGGACGGCGCUGGUAUGGAUCAUCGGCAUCGUGUUCGGCAUACUCGGCUUCAUAGCCUUCUGCCUCAGGGUGGCGUCUCGCGUGUUCGUGGGUACACAUGCAACUUGGGGCCCUGAAGAUUGGGUCAUGACUGUUGCAGUCGUCUUGAUGAUACCUUUGGCGGUUCUAUCUGUUCCUCUUGCCAAUUACGGGCUAGGAAAGGACAUGUGGGAAGUUGAGCCGGAUAAUAUCACGAAGAUUCUUUACCUAUACUUCUGGGACGAGCUCGUCUACCUGGCCGUCCUCCCCGUCACGAAGAUCUCCAUCCUCCUGUUCUACCUCAAAAUCUUUCCCAAGCGCGAGGUCAAAAUCGCCAUCUGGGUUCUCGUCGGCUUCAACAUAGCCUAUCUGAUUGUCUUCGAGGUCAUCUCCAUCUUCCAGUGCAGGCCGAUAGCAGGUGCGUGGCUUGCGUGGGACAAGACAUUCGAGGCCACAUGUAACGAUAUCAACAUGCAAGGUUGGAUGGCCGCUGCCUUGAACCUUGUGCUGGAUCUGUCGGUCAUUAUAUUGCCAUUGCCGGAACUCGCUGGGCUCUCUCUGUCGCUGCGGAAGAAGAUCCAGAUCUUGUCCAUGUUCUGCGUCGGUUUCUUUGUUACCAUUGUUAGUGCUCUUAGACUACAGUCUUUGGCGAAAUACGCAAAUACGUCAAACGUCACACAGGAUUACGUCGAGGUCGGCUACUGGUCGACGAUCGAGGUGCCCGUCGGGGUGAUCUGCGCGUGCAUGCCCGCCAUCCGCUCGCUCAUUGCCACCAUCUUCCCGAAGGUGUUUGGCACCACCCAGCAGAAGUCGGACUACACAGGCAUCUCGGGCGGGUCCAAGCAGUGGUCCUUUGGGAGACUGAACUCGUCUGGGAAGCACAUAAAGGUCAAGACAGAGUGGACAGUGAGAUCGCACAACGUCCCCGAGCACGAGGAGUCACAGGUCGAACUGGUACCCUUGCCGUCGCCAGGGACCCUACAGCAGCCGUUGCCCACGAGACCUCCGUCGGAAUUGGCCGUGAUGCAGACGAGUUGCGAGCGUGCCAAACGCUCUUGA